AUGUACUUCCUGUACUCCAUUUACUUCCUGUUCUCCAUCUACUUCCUGUACUCCAUGUACUUCCUGUUCUCCAUGUACUUCCUGUGUUCCAUGUACUUCCUGUUCUUCAUUUACAUCAAGUUCUCCAUCUACUUCCUGUUGUCCAUCUACUUCCUAUACUCCAUCUGCUUCCUGUUCUUCAUUUACAUCAUGUUCUCCAUCUACUUCCUGUUGUCCAUCUACUUCCUGUACUCUAUCUACUUCCUAUUCUUCAUUUACAUCAUGUUCUCCAUCUGCUUCUGUUGUCCAUCUACUUCCUGUUGUCAUCUACUUCCUGUUGUCAUCUACUUCCUGUUCUCCAUCUACUUCCUGUUGUCCAUCUACUUCCUGUACUCUAUCUACUUCCUGUUCUUCAUUUACAUCAUGAUCUCCAUCUGCUUCCUGUUGUCCAUCUACUUCCUGUACUCUAUCUACUUCCUGUUCUUCAUUUACAUCAUGUUCUCCAUCUACUUCCUGUACUCUAUCUACUUCCUGUUCUUCAUUUACAUCAUGUUCUCCAUCUGCUUCCUGUUGUCCAUCUACUUCCUGUACUCUAUCUACUUCCUGUUCUCCAUCUACUUCCUGUACUCCAUGUAG